AUGGGGAUCGAACAGCAGGAAGCACAGGCCGUGUGGAAGUGUGAGGCUGCACACCUCAGGAACAGCAACCUGCUGCAGGAUUUACAGCAGGUAGAGGAUCGUCUCAGAGGAGCACAGCUGCCACGGACAGACCUCCUGGCCAUGAAGCGCAUGUGGGUAUCAGAGGGAAUGAGGGUUUGGAAAACUUAUUUUCAAAAUACAGCUCCAUCUGCAGUGUUGGGCCCUGACAGUCAGGUUUUUAUUGUUUCUCUCUUCUCGAUGCGGUACUGGGCGUCUGUGGAGGGGUCUCUCCCAGCCUGGGAGCACUUCCUGCUGGGUAAAGGCCCGCUCCCUGCUCCUGGUCCAGGACAUUUACCAAGGAGAGCCCAACAGAGAGCCAGCACAGCUACAGACCAGGGCCUGCCCCCCCCCGCCCCAAACACAGGACUGCUUGUAGAGAGAGAGGUGGGGGGGGGGCUGCCUGGAAGGUACCUUCAAUGGUCACAUGAUUCACAGAUCACAGACUUGUUGAUUCCUUCAUGAGCACCCUCCCAACAGGACAGGAAAAAUAAGCCGGAAUUUUCUCAGGAAUGGAAAUUGACUCCCUUUAA